GAAUCCCACACAAGUAGGAUCUGGGAAGGGUGUGUCUACACACUCCUUACCUCUACUUGAAAGUAGAUAUACAAUUACUCCUUUUUUUAAAUUUUACAAUUUCAACUUAACUUCAAUUUUUGUCAUUUUUUUUUCCUGCAGAGAAUCCAGAAUAUGCUAACAGAUGGCAUUGACACAUGGGCACCACAGCUUUAUGUCAAAAGGGCAAUAGUUGCCAAGGAAAUGCAUGUUGGUCAUUUGAGGUCGACUAUCAUUGGAGACACCAUAGCCCGUAUGCUUGAGUAUUCUAAAGUCGAAGUGCUUCGCAGAAACCAUGUUGGGGAUUGGGGCACUCAGUUCCCAGAUGGGGAGGUUAAUGAUCAGGAUAUUGGAGAACUUGAGCUGUUCUAUAAGGCAUCAAAGCAAAGAUUUGAUGGUGAUGGUGAAUUCAAAAAGAGAGCCCGAAAGGCAGUAGUCGCUCUCCAGGGUCAUGAUGGUUUUGAGCGCAGUACUUUGGCACGUCGGACUUCUCAGAAGCCCGUUGGUCUUACUUUGCCUCAUCCUCCUCAUGUGCCUCAUCCUUUUGCUGUUUUGACUGUUGAUCCACCUCGGAAACAUAGUCAAAGUCAUAGUUGGGGACGUAGGCGCAGUCGCCAGGGUAAGGGGAAGAAAUCUGCUAGCUGCUGUUGUUGCUUUGUCGUUCAUCGUUGACUUCCGCAAUUGUCACCGGGUGGUCACCGGCCGCCGUUGAGAAAAAAAAUAAUAAUAAUAAUACAUCUAAAAGAUGAAAAAGAGGGGUGGAAGAGGGUUGGAUUAGAUCCAAAGAGGGAAAGAAGGAGGAGGAGGAGGUGGUUUGGUUUUGAUGGAAUAUGGACGGAAUGUCACCCCGUAGUAAAUUUUUGGAUAUUUU